UGCUCCUGAAUUUAUUGUUUACCUAAUUUUUUUUAGCUCUUUUUUUUUCAUUAUUAACGAAUAAAUUGGAAUAUCUAAUUGCCAAGUGACAGCUUUCAGCAAAAUUAAAAAUGCCAAGUGCACUUGUUCUACUCGCCGAAGGGGCAGAAGAAAUGGAAACCGUCAUCACAGUGGAUGUUCUAAGACGCGGAGGAGUAGAUGUGACACUUGCAGGUAUUGAUGGUAGUGAUCCAGUUGUCUGUAGUAGACAGGUGAAAAUUGUUCCUGAUAAGAGUCUUGACGAUGCUUUGAAAUCUGGUCCUUAUGAUGUGGUGGUUUGUCCUGGUGGAGCAGGAGGAGCAAAUAAUCUUUGUCAGUCUGCAGCAGUUGGGAAUCUGCUUCAAGAACAAGAAAAGGGGGGACGAUAUGUAGCUGCUAUUUGUGCAGGUCCAACAGCUUUGAAAGCUCACAAGAUAUGUGGUGGAAAAACAGUUACAUCUUAUCCAAGUAUGAAAGAUAAAAUGGUGGAAGGUGGAUACAAGUAUUCAGAAGAACGUGUAGUUAACGAUGGCAAAGUAAUCACCAGCAGAGGUCCAGGAACAACGUUUGAAUUUGCUUUGAAAAUAGUGGAAAAAUUACAAGGAGCAGAGAAAGCCAAUUCAUUGGUCAGUCCAAUGCUUGUGAAGAUGUGAUUGAAUAAUUUACUAUGGCAGAGUUUGGUGCUUGUUAAUUUUCCCAUAGUGACAGAAAAGACUGUGAAAAUUGUUAAAUAAUUCAAAAGUGUGAAAAAGAUCACUAUCACUCACCUGUUAGUGGUUAAAUUAUUAAGACAUAUUUUAAACUAAAUCAUGUGAUAAUCUGAUAAGUUAUAGAUUUCUAAGGCUUUGUUGACUAAGUGUUUUAAUAGAGUUAAUGCUUAUAAAUCAUUGCAAAGCAGUUAAUGUUAUGAUGAUUUUCUGAAGGAAGUCUCAGUCAUGUUUUAGGCGUUUGCUAUUUGUUUUUUAGUUGAGCAGGGAAUUAUUAUUGAAUUAUUCUUUCCCUUCUUAUGGUAAUGGAAAUUUUGAGUCUGUUGAAUACUUCUUCAAAGAGGAAUCUCUGAAGAAUAAAAAGCUUUUGCCCCAAUCGUGCCAUAAUAUGUUUUAUUCUAAUGUCAUUUUCUAUACUGCUUCACAUUUAUAGAAUAUCAUGUUUUGUUUAUUGAAAAUUAAAAAAAUAUAAACAU